AUGUCUUUCCAAUUACUUGCAUCGACGAAGUUUCUUCAUUGCACGUUGAACAAGCUUUGUAUCCCUGCCAGUUCAUCCAGACAAACUACUACGAGCUGGAAAAUCGUUAACUGUCCACAAGAGCGAUGCACGCAUCUUGAACAAUUGGGUCCUAUUAGAAAUUACAAAUACAAAUCAAGAGCCCAAAAAAGAAAGGAGAAAUUAAGGAAGGAACUCUUGCAAAAAAGUCAGGUUGGUUCUCUUAAUAAGUAUUUUAAUACAAAUAAUGUCGACAAUUUUGUAGUGAAUGAGAAUGACAUUGAGAAUCAAUUUGAUAUUGAAAGUAACGAGAAUGAGAAAAGUUCAAGUGAUGUGAAUGAAAAUGAAGAAUUGAAUCGAACAUUUAAUGAGAAUGAGAAAACUUCAAGUGAUGUCAAUGAAAAUGAAGAACUGAAUCAAACAGUGAAUGAGAAUGAGAACACUUCAAGUGAUGUAUUCAACUUUCCUUUUGAUAUUGAUGAUCCAGGAAAUUGGGAUAGGAUUGGUCAUAUUAAUAUGACAAACUUUAUAGUUGAAAGAGGUCUGAAAAGAGUCAUUAAGGAAGAGUUUACUAGGGAUGCUUCUGGUAGGAAUUUUUAUUCAUGGCAUUAUAUUAGAGAAUUACCAAAUGGAGAGAAACAAGAUAGGAAGUGGUUGAUAUAUUCAGUUUCUUUAGAUAAAGUAUUUUGUUUUUGUUGUAAAUUGUUUGCAACAAAGAAGCAUCUUGUGGGUUUUUUAGCUGAGGGAGGUUUUAAUGACUGGCAUAAUAUUUCUGAACGACUAAAAAGUCAUGAACGAAGUACACAACACAUUGAGUCAAUUUCUAGUUGGGUGGAAUUAGAAAAACGACUGAAAAUGAAGUUAACAAUUGAUGCAAGUUUAGAAGAACAAGUUAAUCAAGAGAAAAAACAUUGGAAACAAGUGUUAGAGAGAAUUCUUGCUAUUGUGAAAAGACUUGGGCAAAAUAAUUUGGCAUUUCGAGGAGAUUGUGAAAAACUAUAUGAGAAAAACAAUGGGAAUUUCUUACAAAUUAUAGAAUUACUUGCUGAAUUUGAUUCAACUAUGCAAGAACAUGUUCGUCGCAUUUUAAGAGGUGAGACUCAUUAUCAUUAUUUGAGUCACAAGAUUCAAAAUGAAAUGAUACAACUACUGGCAACUGAGGUGAAAAGCUCCAUAAUUAGUAGAAUUAAAGAAGCAAAAUAUUUUUCAGUCAUACUAGAUUGUACUCCAGAUGCAAGUAAUGAUGAACAUAUGUCUCUUGUUUUAAGAUGUGUGAAUGUUUCAGAAAGUCCAAUAUUUGUUGAUGAGUAUUUUCUAGAAUUCAUAAAGGUUCAUGACACACCAGGGCUUGGUUUGCUUAAUGAACUUUUAGAUGCGUUGAAUAUUCUUGGACUUGAUGUUGAUAAUAUAAGAGGACAAGGAUAUGACAAUGGAUCUAAUAUGAAAGGAAAGAAUAAAGUUGUACAAACUAGGCUACUUGAAAUGAAUCCUAGCGCAUUUUACACUCCUUGUGCCUGUCAUUCUCUAAAUCUUUUACUUUCUGAUAUGGCUCAUUGUUGUCCCAAGGCUGUGUCUUUUUUUGGUGUGGUACAACGAAUAUACUCAUUAUUUUCAGCUUCUACAAAAAGAUGGAAAGUAUUUAGAGAUCAUGUGCCUGGUCUCACUGUUAAGCCAUUAUCAGAAACACGUUGGGAAAGUCGCGUUGACAGUGUUAAAGCAAUAAGAUUCCAAGCUCCACAAAUAAAAGAAGCUUUAAAUUACUUGGCAGAAAGCAAUGAAGAUGCCAAAACAAAAAGUGAUGCUGAAACUUUAGCAACAUAUAAAAUUCAGAAUUUUGAGUUCUUGGUGAGCAUGGUUAUUUGGUAUGAUUUGUUGUUUGCUGCUAAUACUGCUAGCAAGAUCCUGCAAAGUGAAGAUAUGCAAAUUGAUGUUGCUAUCAAAGAGUUAAAGAUUCUACCUUCAUUUCUUCAAAAAUAUAGAGAAACUGGUUUUGAGGAGGCUUUGACUAAAGCUACUGAGAUUGCAAGUAUGAUGGAAGUUGAACCUGUAUUUAUGGAGAAACGAAAAGUUUACAGGAAAAAGCAGUUCGAACAAUUUCAGAAUUUCGAGGAGAAUUUCGGACUAUUGUUUGAUUUUGAGAAAUUAAAGUCUGCAGAUGAUGACUCUUUGAAGAAUUUUUGUAUCAAUCUUACAAACUUAAUGAAGCAUGGUGAGAUUUCAGAUCUUGACAAUGAUGACCUAUACCAAGAGUUAUAUAUUUUGCGUCAAAGUUUACCAAAAGAAACCAAAAGAGCUAUCGAUGUGUUGAGCUAUAUAAAAGAAGUGGAUGACAGUUAUCCAAAUGCUUCGAUUGCUUAUAGGAUUUUUCUAACUAUUCCGGUCACUGUUGCCCAUGCAGAAAGGAGUUUUUCCAAAUUGACCUUGAUCAAAUCUUAUCUCUGUUCAACCAUGUCUCAAGAAAGAUUAAGUGGUUUAGCUAUGUUAUCCAUUGAAAAGGAUAUAGUUGCAAAACUUGAUUAUGCAAAUUUAAUUAAUACUUUUGCAUCUAAAAAUGCAAGACGUAUAAUAUUUAAGUAA